GGAUUUACCCAUGUUUCUUGAAAAAAAUUCGCAUGAGGUGCGGGGGAGGAGAGUAGCAUAACAGCUCUCUCUCUUUCCGUUUUCUGUGUACUAUUUUUUUUUUUUCGCACACACUGAAAAAGCGAGUGUUACUAUUACUGCUUCUAAUAUUAUAUAUAUCCUCCCUUUAUUAACAGUUUCUCUUCACCCUAAUUUUUUCUGUUCAAACCUUGCCUCAUCCACAGCACCACCCCUGCUCUUCUCACCAAAUAACCCCCUCGCGUCAUAUAACAACAGCAGUAGUAAAAACCCAACAACUGUCUCCUUAUGCUUAUACUGCGGCACAACAACCUGUCUGUGGAAGAGCUAUUCCAGAUCGAAAGUAAAAUGCUAAAGAUCGCGGAUCCCAAAGAACCAUACACGUACUCGCUGGAAUUCACCCUGUUGGACAAGCCCCGCGCGGCGAUAUACGGCAUGUUGUUAGGCUAUGCGGAUCGGCUUGGCAUUUAUCGCACACUGGGGAUCAACGCUUCUGAAUUCCUUGAUUUCUUAAUCGAUGUUGAUCUCGGCUACCAUGUCAAUCCGUACCACUCGUUCUAUCAUGCAGCAGACGUAACCAUAGUGAUAUAUCAUAUGCUCUUUCAGUUCGAGGUGCUGAAUUAUCUAUCACGCAUCGAUGUCGCCGCAUUAUUCAUUGCCGCUUUGUGUCACGACAUCGGUCAUCCCGGGUGUAACAACAAUUACCAAGUGAAUCUACAAACGGAACUGGCGAUCCGAUACAAUAAAAAAUCAGUGCUCGAGAGCUAUUCAUGUACGCUAGCCAUGGAUCUACUGUCCAAGCACAAGUUACUACGUCAUGUCGAAGAGAUUAGCACGGCACACACGUUCCCGCCGACCACCGAGGAUCAGAUGCGCACAUCGAUCGUCAAGAUGAUUUUGUCGACGGAUAUGGUUUUCCAUUACGAACUCCAAGAGAAUUUCGCUAGCUUAUUGGAGAUUGUUGCUCAAGACCAGUUCGAAACGAGUAGCGAGUGCAGUGACAUUGUACCACCAACAUCAUCAUUAUCAUCAUCAUCACAGCCGAUACCGCCACACCAGGUGUGCUAUCAUGUGCGAUCACGGACCCACAGCAACAGCAACAAUAAGAACAGUAGUAGCAACAAUACCACCACAAGUAGCAGCAGCAGUAUGCUCAGCACACUCUCUGUCCCAACCGACCCGUGCGUACAAAUGAAAGACAUCUUUGAGACCAAGGGCGACAAGAGCCCGCUGCAUAAUUUCGAAGAACAAAGCUAUUUCGACGAAGACGAUCCACCGAAUCUGCACAACCAGCUGGAUUACAGGGAACGACAGAUGCUGUGUCAGAUCAUACUGCAUGGUGCAGACAUUAGCAAUGCGCUCAGGCCGUGGCCGAUCUGCUGCAAGUGGUCGGAUCUGGUAUGCGAGGAAUUUUUCCGCCAAGGCGAGUUGGAAAAGGAGCACGGACUCCCAGUAUCACCCAACAUGGACCGGGAUCAGGUGACGCAGACGACGAUUGGCCUGCAAUUUGGCGAUUUUGUCGUCAGCCCAUACUUUGAAAUCUUUGCCGCCAUGUUUCCCAAGGCUGACGCUUUGAUUAAAGAGCUGGCCACGAAUCGGAAUAGAUGGCUAACGCUGGAAGCGCAACAAGAGGAACGGGAGGAGCAACAGUGGUACUUGAACAAUGGCAGUAGCAGCAGUAGCAACAUGAAUGACAACGGCGUGUUGGAUCAGAUCAAGGCACCGAAUACUCCAGAUAUCGAGGCUCAGAAGCAGCUGCACAACACCUAUUUCCACCAUCGUCCUCAUUACGCAUCGUCAUCCACUGGAGGAGCCGGGGGCGACUCUUCUUCAUCGUGUUCCUCGGACCGUGGACGGCAGCCCACAGACAUGCUUCCAGAUCGACACAUUCUAAACCCGGCUGGCCGACGUGUGAGCGUGGCAGCAGGGAUGGUUGUCAUUCCCGACGAGCUAGAAGAGCGGGUGAUUGGGUCUGGCAAAUCACGCCGCAAAUAUUUAGGGCUACGGAGUAUCAGUGACACUGGUAUCAAGGAGGAACAACGACAGGCGCAAGCAGCAGUCAACAAGUCGCCGAUGCUGUCGGUGCUAGGGAAUGACAAGAGUCGACGGAAAAGCGAAGAGCCUGGGUAUUAUCUGUACCGCCACAAGCUCAAGGUCCGGGGCGAGAGGAGACUGAGUCGUGGAGACCUGGUGGAUAAAUGUCUGGAGCGGCAGCGGCAUGUUGCGUCUCCCCGGUAACACACACUCUGCCUAGUAACACAGUCGCUCUAUCAUAUAAUCACACAUAAAUGACCGGACGAUUGGUUUUCUUUUUUACGCUCCUUCUCCCUGCCCUUGUCCCCCCAAGCCUCUGCACGCACAGCAGCAACAGCAGCAGCAGCAGCAAUCGACACUUUCCACCUCCCCCCCCACUCCUCGUUGCUAUGGUU